AUUACCAGCUCAUUUCCGCGUUCCGAGCCAUUGCUUCACGCGCUUCUGCAUCGUUGCUUUUCAUCACUCGUCGUGUCCUUACCGGCCGCUCUCGUCCCAGCAACUUUGCCGCUUGAGUUAAUAGCUCGUAGCCAGCAGCGUGCAGCAUGGCUGCUCUCGCCAGCGCCUCGUUGACGGCUCGCGUCACCGUCGCCACCGCACUCGCCGCUUCGUCUAGUGCGACACGUGGCAGCGGCCUGAACGCCAAGAGCAGCGCGCCGCUGCGAUGUGUCACCCCACUGGCCCGGCCCGCUGUUCGUUGCCAGCAGCAGCCCGCGCCAGUCGCGGCCGCGGCAGCGGCCCCGGCGGCGGCAGUGGCGGCGCUGCCGUUCCGCGUGGGGCACGGGUUCGACCUGCACCGGCUGGAGCCGAACCUGCCGCUGAUUAUCGGCGGAGUGAACAUCCCGCACGACCGCGGGUGUGACGCGCACUCCGACGGCGACGUGCUGCUGCACUGCGUUGUGGACGCGGUGCUGGGCGCGCUGGGGCUGCCGGACAUUGGGCAGCUGUUCCCUGACAACGACCCCAAGUGGAAGGGCGCCGCCUCCCACCUCUUCCUCGAAGAGGCCGUGCGGCGCAUGCACGAGGCGGGGUACGUGGUGGGCAAUCUGGACGCCACGGUCAUUCUGCAGCGACCCAAGCUCAGCCCGCACAAGCCCACCAUCAAAGCCAACCUCGCUGCCCUGCUCCAGGCACCGGAGGAGGUUAUCAACGUUAAGGCCAAGACGCACGAGAAGGUGGAUAGCCUGGGCGAGAAUAGAAGUGUUGGUUGCCAUUGUGUCGUGCUUUUGAUGCGUAAGGACUGAGAUACAGCAAGUUCGUUGUAGAAUGCCAGGAUAUGGCAGGCUCUAGACUGCCUCCUGUGAAUUAGGCAUGUAAAAACGCAGCACAAGUGGUUGACCACAUUAUGAAGUACGUGCAUAUUUUAUGCAAAGUGAUGGUUA